ACUUAAUCAAAAUUAGUAUAAAUAGAGAUACGCAUCCCUUCAUAUUCUCCUCAUCGCUUCCCUCAAAUCUCUCAAAAACAAAUCAAAAAGAUGUCGACGAAGAAGAUUGUGUUGAAGAGCUCCGACGCCGAGUCUUUCGAGGUUGACGAGGCCGUGGCUCGCGAGUCUCAGACCCUAGCUCACAUGGUCGAAGACGACUGCACCGACAACGGCAUCCCUCUUCCCAACGUCACCGGCAAGAUCCUCGCCAAGGUCAUCGAGUAUUGCAAGAAGCACGUCGACGCCGCUGCUGCCAAGACAGAGGCCACCGCCGAUGGUGGCGCUCCCUCCGACGAGGACCUCAAGGCUUGGGAUGCCGAGUUCAUGAAUAUCGAUCAAGCUACCCUCUUCGAACUCAUCCUGGCUGCUAACUAUCUGAACAUCAAGAACCUUCUUGACCUUACGUGCCAGACGGUGGCUGAUAUGAUCAAAGGCAAGACUCCAGACGAGAUUCGCACGACCUUCAACAUCAAGAACGACUUCUCGCCUGAGGAGGAAGAGGAGGUGCGCAGGGAGAACCAAUGGGCUUUUGAAUGAUGAUCAAAGAGAAGCCUUGUUCCUUGUUGAAGCUAGCUACUAGACCUGCAAAGCUUCUUCCUUUUAUCUUAUUUGCGUCUUUAUGUUCUUAGGAAAAUAUAAUGAUUUAUGUUGGUUCCUCCUAGUGCUUUUCCAUUUACCGAUUAAGAACCGAUGAUUGGAUAAUUUGUGGUUAUAAUCAGUCUUUGGUUAUGUUGCUA